AAGACUACAAUUCCAACAAGCUCCGCAGAGAGCGGAAGUGACCUGCCUUGUGGUCACGUGCUGUAUGUAGAGCGCACGCCUCCAAUCAGCGUACAGUUGUGUCGCUGCGGUUAACAUCGACCCCCGGGAGAUCCUUGAGUUUCCCAACAUGAGUAGCUCAGAGGAAGUGUCGUGGAUUUCUUGGUUUUGUGGUCUACGGGGGAACGAGUUCUUCUGUGAGGUAGAUGAAGACUACAUUCAGGACAAGUUCAAUCUUACAGGACUCAAUGAGCAAGUACCGCAUUACAGACAAGCCCUGGACAUGAUCCUGGAUCUGGAACCUGAUGAGGAGCUGGAGGACAACCCUAACCAGAGUGACCUGAUCGAGCAGGCUGCUGAGAUGCUGUAUGGACUGAUCCAUGCACGCUACAUCCUCACUAACCGUGGCAUUGCCCAGAUGCUGGAGAAGUACCAGCAGGGAGAUUUUGGCUAUUGUCCUCGUGUUUACUGUGAGAAUCAGCCAAUGCUGCCUAUUGGGCUCUCUGACAUUCCUGGCGAGGCCAUGGUGAAGCUCUACUGCCCGAAGUGUAUGGAUGUGUACACACCCAAGUCAUCCAGGCACCAUCACACUGAUGGAGCCUAUUUUGGCACUGGCUUCCCCCACAUGCUCUUCAUGGUGCAUCCUGAGUACCGGCCAAAGAGGCCUGCCAACCAAUUUGUGCCCAGGCUCUAUGGUUUCAAGAUUCACCCAAUGGCUUACCAGCUACAGCUGCAGGCAGCCUCCAGCUUCAAGAGUCCCGUCAAAGCGAUCCGCUAAGAACAUGGGCAGGGCAGGGCGGGGCGGGUUGUGUGUCGUGUGUCCAUCGGCAUUGCCUCACUCUUCUCCAACAAUUUUAGAUUCGACUAAGACUAAAGUUUAAAUACGGAAAGAGUGAGACUAUAAAACACUCUGUGGAGAAACAAAAACCUUACCUCUGAAACACUGUACAGAAAACGGGAUGUUCCUUGUGAAAACAGUUUCAAUCUAACCUCCACAUAGAAAAUGAAGUUAUAAUUAAAGAUAGAUACCUGUAGGAUGGCUCUGCUCACUCUCUGGUCCUGUUUGUUUUAGUUCCCUAAGCUUAAGUAACGUUCACAUACAAGAGCGUCAUGAAUUGACAUCCUUAUCAGUUCAUAACUUGAUGUAUGGUUGAAUAUUAAAGUGUGGUUGAUCGAU